UGACAGGAAUUUGAGUUUUAAUGAUAUCAAAGAAAUGAAGGCAGAAAUAUUCCAAAAUCUCUCCAGUUUAACAACUCUGUUUUUAAGUGAAAAUAAGCUGAAGGAAAUCAAUGGAGAAACAUUCCAAAAUCUUUCUAAGUUGACAACUCUGUAUUUGGGUGGUAAUGAAAUGAAGGAAAUCAAUGGAGAAUUAUUCCAAUACCUUUCAGGCUUAAAAAUUCUGUAUCUGGAUAACAAUAACAUGACGUAUAUUCAACGUGGUGUCUUUGAAAAUCUUCCGAAUUUAGAGAAAUUAUAUUUGAAUGAAAAUAAUAUCAAGAAAAUUCAAAUAGGAUCCUUCGAUGAUCUGCGCAAUUUAAAAUAUCUAUAUUUGCAGAACAACCAAAUACAAAUCUCUGAGAAUGGCGCGUUCUUAUUCCUUCCCCGUAUUAUUUACAUUGACCUCAGAAAUAAUAAAGAUAUGAUGUGUGGAUGUCAUCUGCCAGCCUUGGUAAAUUAUGCGAAAACAACGUUCAACAGACCUAUGAAGGUCGAGGGCGAGUGUCAGGCAGAUAUUGGCAAUAACCAAACCAAAGUAAUACCUAUAAUGGAAUACUCACAAUGUAAAAAUUACUCGUUAUUUCAACGGAAUUUGCAGUGUCAAACAUGUUCAGGUAUUACGUGCAAGGAAUCGGAAGUGACAAACUGUACAGGCGAUGAGCCUGUAUGCCAAUUUAAAUUAUCAAUGGAUGGCAUUAAACUGAAGUUUGAAAAAUCCUGCAGCACAUUCAGAAAAUGUGAUGAUGCUAUGAAAAACAACACCCUUACAUGCAAUGAAUUGACAAGUGGCUCUACCUGCGUUGCUUGCUGCAUCGGAAACUUAUGUAACAAGAAGGAUUUCAUAGGCUGGAGCAAUUCCUUUGUAUUUCCUCUGAUUUCCAGUUCGACGUUUAAAUUCAAGGAAAAUGAAAGUCUUGCUGAAAACAUAUCCAGAGCUAUGGAGCAUGAAUUAUCAAACUUGACUGGAAAUUUCGAAGUGCAGUAUUGCGGUUCAGCUACGAUGAUAGGGAAGUAUUUACUAUUACUUGCACAGUACCACGUACAAUUACUAAAGACCAAAUAUUUAAACAAAUUUCCGAAAUUUUUAAGACAUCACAGAUUUUGCGUGACUUGGGAUUGCAACAACAGAACAUGGAUCAUAAAGAAUAAAUAAAAAAAUAAAAAAAAUUCAAGUUUUGAUAAUGAAACAGAUGUUGGAACAGCAGAGAAGAGAACAUAAUUAAGAAUAUAAAAAAUUAAUGUCUUUGAGAAUCUUCUUUUCUUCUUAUAUUACAUUAAACAUGAUUGCAUAAAAGAGAACUUCAUUUUUAUCUAUCAAUACAACAUUACGAAACUUAGACACUUUAUAAACCGCAAUGUACUUUAAACCUUCUCUUUUUCUGUAACUCACAAAAUCUAACAUCACAAGGUUUGAUUUGUAAUUCUAUAGAUAUUUUCUAACUGCCAAUUUUCACUACUAAUUUUCAAUAUAAUCUUUAACUUUUAUUAACGAAGAAAUAAAUGUGGUUUCUUAAUACAA